GUCAUUAUUUUUCAAGUAUAAAUGUAUCAAACGUGAGUAGCAGAGCACUUCAUAUUCAGCCGUCCAUAAUCCAAACAUAGCGCUUCAUGUGAUCAAGUGGAUGUGACACUUGAGAUUUUGACUUCAUAUAUGAAGAAGACUCCUCCAUAUCCUUCCUCCAAUAAUCUAUACUCGUACACUGUAUUUAUCGCCCUCCAUAAAUACAAUACUCCGUAUAACAUAUAGAAACAGAGGAGGAGGACUUCGUCUAAUAUAGAACUACAACUACGAAGUAUAAAAAUAGCAAUUAAUAAUGGAAGAAGGAAAGAAGUUCGCAGUUCUGCUGUGCGCGGAGGACUCGGAGUACGUGAAGCAGAAUUACGGCGGUUACUAUGGCGUUUUCCUGAGAAUGCUGGCGGAGGAAGGAGAAACGUGGAGUGUUUUCCGAGUGGCGAGAGGGGAGUUCCCGGCCGAUGACGAAAUCGGAGAAUUCGACGGAUACGUCAUCACCGGCAGCUGCGGCGAUGCGCACGGGAACGACGUCUGGAUCUGCGAUCUCCUCAGUCUCGUCACCAAGUUGGAUGCCAUGAAGAAGAAGGUUCUAGGGAUUUGCUUCGGUCAUCAGGGAGCAAUUCAGAUUCAACACAUCAAAAUUCAGCUCCAGACAAUAGUUUUAAUUCAGACAAUAGCUCCUAAAUCAGACAUUAGCCUCCAGCUUCAGAUAUUGGGGCGAGCACUAGGAGGAAAGACCGGACGAGCAACGGCGGGAUGGGACAUCGGGGUGACGGCCAUUCAUAUUUCGUCGUCCUCCAGUCUCUGUAACUCUCUCAAAUUGCCUGCUUUCCUUGAUGUUAUUGAGUGCCACCGAGAUGAGAUAAAAGAACUUCCAGUGAAGGCUGAGAUCAUCGGAUGGUCAAACAAGACCGGAAUAGAAAUGUUUAGAUAUGGAGAUCAUAUAAUGGGAAUACAAGGUCAUCCAGAGUACACCAAGGGCAUAAUCCUGAACCUCAUUGACCGUCUACUCCAACACAAUCUUAUUGGAAAUGAUGUGGCCAUUACUGCCAAGGCAAAGCUGGAAGAAGCACAUGAUGAGCCAAACAGGGAGGCAUGGAAGAAGUUGUGCACAAGCUUUCUCAAGGGUAGGUUGUGACAUUCAUUAUUAUGGUGCAAAUUCUAAAUAAUUUUCAAUUCAGUGUGCUAUUUGAUGAAAGUCAAUUGUAAAUAGAAGACACCAUUCAUGAUUGUUGUCAUUUUCUCGACUAUGGAUACUAUAUGAAUUGUAUUUUUUGUUUGGUGUAGGGCCCCCAAGCCUCACUUGAAUUUUGACAUGCUCGAGCUCGAGUAAAAUGUACUAGGUCGGUUUUGAGCUCGAUCUUGAACGAGCCUAAUAAUUUUGGCAUGAACCCGACUCAAAUUUUGCUCAUUAGUUUUUAAUGGUCCGAGCUCGAAUAAGAUGCUUCUCGAACUUGAGUUCUAAUUUGAGUUUGAGC